AUGGGUAGCAUCACCCCCGUCCCCUUCCUCCCCUACUGGCAAACCAACAUACCCCCCUCCCUCCGCACCCGCGAAUGUCCCACCUACCUACAAAACCUAUCCCACAAAGACAUAAGCAUACUCCAUACGCCCGACACCCUAUUCCAACGCCUAAGCUGGCCCCUUAUCCUCCAAAUCAUCCACUCCAACCGUCUCGAUUUAUUCCAGCGCAAACCCUCUGAUUUACGUCUUUAUCUCGAAUUUUGCUAUAAUGUCAAGAGGCAAUAUGGUUCGGUGAUGCGAUAUAUUCUUGAUGUGGAAUUGCAGUGGGAUGACUCGGAUAAGGAUUCGUGGAGUGGUGAAAAUGAAAAUGGAAAUGAAAAUGAAAAUGUUUUGAGAGUACGGGUUAAUGAUUGGCCUUAUGGUGUCGAUGAGAAAAUCGUACAUUUAGUUGUAUGGUCGAAAUGCGCAUGGGAAGAUGAUGCGGAAACGGGGGAUAUAAGGGAUGAUGUGAAGAGGGAGAUUGAUAGAUGGGUGGAUAGGAUUUUUGGGGAGAGGUGCGGGAGUGAGAAUGUGAUUUGGUUUAGAAAUUGGAGGAGUUUGAAGUCGAUUCAUGCGGUGGAGCAUUUCCACGUAAUGCUCUAUGAUCCGGACCCGGAAUUUGUGAGAGAGGUGACGAAGAGAGAUAUUCGAUGUCGGGGGGGCGUUAUGGUAAAGAGUUGA